CACCGAUCAUCCGUGCUCUGAUUGGGCCAUUGGCUAUGACCUCAUCGCGGCGCUUUGAGUCCUUUGCUCGCUUCGGCGACCACCGUUGCCCUCAGCGUCUCUGCUAGCGCCGAUUGCAGUUCGGGUAUCCGACAUUGAGCAUCCAUCGGUCCUUCCAGCACGGACCCUCGCCCCAAUGUCCAAACCCAUCCACGGUCCAAUUCGCCCCAAUGUCAAUCCCUUGGCCAUCAAUCGGCACUCCCACAUCCGAAAUGCGGCCAAGUGGCAGCUGAAGGAUGCCCUCGCCCUGAAGAAUGGCCCUCACGCCACCGUGUACAUGAUCAACGGCGACCAGUAUCUUGGCGAGUGGAAGGGCAAUCUCAAGCACGGCAACGGAACCUACUUUUACCGCAAAAACGGAAGCGUUUACGAAGGGGAGUGGCAAAAUGAUAUGCGACAUGGGUAUGGCACCUUCAGCGUCCCGAAAGAGCCCUCAGACGACAUCAGCGAGCCCACGGCCCAGCUGCGCAAGGUCUACGCAGGCGAAUGGCAGAACGACAAGCGACAUGGCUUUGGCACGCACUACUAUGAAGACGGGAGCCAUUACGAGGGACACUGGGAAAACAAUAUGAAGGAGGGCUGGGGCAAAAUGUUCUACAUCGAUGGAUCAGUUUACGAGGGUGAAUGGCACGAGGAAAAGCGGCAAGGACAGGGCAUAUUGCUGUUGGCGAACGGGGAUCGAUACGAAGGAAUGUGGAUGGAUGAUCUCAAGGAGGGACCCGGAAAAUACAUAUACAAGCAGAAGCGGCAGUCGUACCACGGCGAAUGGGUUAAAGGGCUACCCAAGUGCGGAACGCUCAUCGAUCUACCACCUCUGCCAGGGCAAAGGCCUAAAAAGUUUCCUAUUCCGCAUAUCAAGCUGGUCGAUCCCGACAGGAUCCUCUCGGACGAGCGAGAGGCUAUCCUCGAGGACCGUUGGCAGCGAAUGAUGGAUAUGGCAGAGGGGCACGAGUUGGAGUCCGAGGGAGAGCUGGAUGACGAGUGAUCCGGCAGCAAUACCGCAUCAGAUUCGUGAAUCAUCGCCGACAGCGGGGCGACAUUGCCGUUCCGCCGAGUGCACAGCUAUAUUGAGCGAAUACACCGCGCACAUACCCGGUAGCCCGGCCGCGAAUCUCAGAUCGAAACCGUGGUGAUCUCGAGCCCGUUUCGCAGCUGCUC